AUGGUUCAAAACUCACCCCGUGACUUUGACAUUGCCAUAGUUUGUGGCGGGAUUACCGGUGUCACCCUGGCUGUUGGUCUGGUGCGUGCCAAUAUUCCUGUGACGCUAUACGAAUCGGCCAAGGCACUUGGUGAAAUUGGCGCUGGUGUCGCUUUGGCUGCUAACGCUGCUCGUGCACUGGAACUCUUAGCACCCGAUGCCAAGUACGCUUUUGACCGCGUUGGCAGCGACGUGAAUGAUGGGUCGGGUGAUCUCAUCACCAGCGUCCCAACGCCUGCUGGAUCAGCCUACGUGCAUCGUGCCCAUUUCCUUGACGAGAUGAUCAAACUUGUCCCUGAAGGGGUCACUAAAUUUAACAAACGUCUGGAUGACAUUGAAACGCUUCCCGAUGGUAACGUCAAGCUCAAGUUCUUGGAUGGCUCAGAAGCUGUGCAUAGCGCCGUGGUUGGCUGUGAUGGCAUCAAGUCGCGAACGCGCAAAGUGAUCCUCGAUGAGAACGCUCCCGCUUCCGACGCCGUCUUCUCGGGGAAAUACGUCUACCGCGGAUUGAUUCCGAUGGAUAAGGCCGCCGCUCUUCUGGGCGACGAGAUGGCUCGCAACAGUCAGAUGUACUUCGGCUACCACGGCCACAUGGUCACGUUUCCUAUCCAGCACGGCCGUGUCAUGAACGUGGUCGCAUUUGCCAUCAAGGAUGAAUGGAAGGACUGGAACUGGGUCGUGAGCACAACAAAAGAGGAGUUAACCAAGGCCUUCGCGGGGUUCUCGAAGCACAUGCGGCCCACGCCACACAACGGAUCGGGUGCGGCCAUGGCCGUCGAGGACGUCUAUGUUCUGUCGUCGCUAUUGGCUGACGUGAAUCGUGCGUGCGAUCUCGAUGCUGCGUUCAAGGCGUUCGAGAAGGUGCGUUUGUAUCGCGCGCAGAAAGUGGUAACUGCAAGUUAUGAAGCUGGUCAGCUAUACGACUUUGAACUGCCUGGCUGCAAGGACGACGUGGAAAGGAUUGCAGAAAACCUGCAGCAGCGUAUGCACUGGAUCUGGGAAGAGGACUUGGAACAGGAGGUGGUAGAGACCAAAGCAUUUUAUCGCGCGAAGGUAUGA